AUGCAGUACUUUUCUGACUUGGGUAUAAGCUUUGUUUGUUUCCGAGUGCAGAAGUUUCAGUUCCAGAAUAUGGAUGUAAAAGUCGGGGUCGGGGUCGGUGGCGGGGACGGUGGCGGUGGUUACGGCGGGGGGAAGGGGAGUGGGAGUACAAAAUGUGGGAGGUGGAAUCCGACGGGAGAACAGGUAAAAGUGCUGACAGAGCUGUUCAGGUCAGGGCUUAGAACUCCGAGCAGUGAUCAGAUUCAGAAGAUCUCUCAUCAGCUCAGCUUUUACGGCAACAUCGAGAGCAAGAAUGUGUUCUAUUGGUUCCAAAAUCAUAAAGCCAGAGAGAGACACAAGCGUCGCAAACUCAUUUCUCAUGAUCAUCAUAAUCAUAAUCAUAAUCAUCAUCCUAUUCCUAUCAAAUAYAUUGACACUACUCACCAACAUUUCAUUUCCCCUCCAAACAAUCAUUUUGUGGAGAUGGAGCCAGAAAGAAUGAGGAAAACGCUUCAACUUUUCCCAGUAAACUCAGUUGAUGAAGCAGAAGUAGAAGCAGAAGCAGAAGUAGAAGCAGAAGCAGAAGCAGAAGCAGAUGAUGAGUUUAUUAAAGUAAAUGGGAAGCAGUAUGAGGAGGAUACAGCAGCUUUCACCUACAAAAUAGAGACAAAAAUGGAUGAUCCUCCAUUAUUGGAUCUUCGUUUAAGCUUUCUGUAGAACAAAGUGAAGUCCAUGCUGAAAAAACAAACACGUAGAAGUUGAAUGAGAAUGGUGUUGGAUUUA